UUGCCUGCGGCCCUUACCACCCGCCGUUCGGUCCCCGCUCGUCGCAUCACAAGCCCAAGCUCGUCUCGUUUUCCCUCUCCGUUCCGUUGCCACCCGUGAUGAUUCUAUGUACGGCACUGACGGGCACGAGACUCGGAGACUCAGAGCGGAGUCGCGACCCGACCAGCCGAGGGACUCACUUGCGAGAGACGGCGUCACGAGGCGCGUCCGCGAGGCCGCCGCGAUUUUUUUUUUUCGUUAUCCGUCGCCCGCCUCGCUUUGCGAGGGUGCACCCGCACCUGCCCGACGGAUCCCUGCCGUGUCGUUAUCGCACACGUGGACAAGACACGGCGGCCACGAGGAGGAGGGACCGAGGUGAUCCGGCAGAGGGGAAUUCCGAUCUCGGUGCUCGGCGAGAUCUCGUACGUUCGUACCGAGUCCGGAGGAGAGCGGCGGCCGCCGUCUCUCUCGAGGGAGAGAAGAAAUAUCCCGUCGACCUGCACGCGUGAGGGAACGCUGCUUCAGCGUGUUCGUUAGCGUAGAAACUCACGAACCGUCGAUGGCUUAGCGUCGCUGCGAAAAAUCCACAGAGCAGAGGCAGAAUAAAGAAACGGAAAAAUGCUUCGCACUCAUUACGGGCACGUGGCUCUCGCAGCUUUAAUUAUACUUAUUACCUUAGCAGGACCUGCGAGUUCUCAACAUGAACGAGAAAAAACGCUAGCCAGAGGAUCGCACACGAAGAGACCGCAUCCCUGCGAGCAGAGCUCGUGUUACCCGGCGACCGGGAACCUGCUGAUCGGUCGUAAGGACAGACUGAGCGCUUCGUCGACGUGCGGCCUCAGAGGCCCCGAAAGAUUCUGCAUCGUUUCUCACCUUAAGGACAGAAAGAAGUGCUUCUUCUGCGAUGCGUCGAUACCUAAGCAGCAGCACAACAUUGAGAACAUCGUCGGCGGGGCAAGCUGGUGGUGGCAAGCUGAGAACGGGGUGGAGAAUGUCACGAUACGCUUCGAUCUCGAGGCAGAGUUCCACUUCACGCACAUCAUUAUUCGCUUCCAAACCUUCCGACCGGCUGCCAUGUUAAUCGAACGGUCGUACGAUUUUGGAAGGACCUGGCAGGUGUACCGGUACUUCGCUCACAACUGCGAGAACUACUUCCCGGAAAUCCCGACCCACCAGCCCCAAAGAUUAACAGACGUCAUCUGCGAGACGAGAUACUCGGCUGUGGCACCGUCCGCCGGCGGCGACGUAAUUUUCAGGGUGUUGCCGCGAAAUUUGGAAAUUGACAAUCCCUAUUCAAAGGAGGUGCAAAAUCUAUUAAAGAUCACCAACCUCAGGAUCAACAUGACGAGACUCCACACCCUGGGCGAUGAUCUGCUCGACGAUCGGGCCGAGAUUCGCGAGAAAUAUUAUUACGCCAUCCAGAAUAUGGUGAUUCGCGGCUCGUGCUCCUGUUACGGGCACGCCUCCAGGUGUUUACCUUUACCAGGAGUCGUCGAUGAGGAGAACAUGGUUCACGGCAGAUGCGAGUGUACGCACAACACCAAGGGCCUCAACUGCGAGAAGUGCGAGGACUUCUACAACGACCUGCCGUGGAAGCCCGCGGUCGGCAAACAGACGAACGCCUGUAGGCCUUGCAAUUGCAACAAUCAUACCAAUUCCUGCCACUUCGACGAAGCGGUCUACGAGAGAUCGGGCAGAGUGUCCGGUGGAGUCUGCGACGAUUGUCAGCACAACACGCGAGGGCAGAAUUGCGAACAGUGCAAGCCAUUUUAUUAUCACGACGUGACGAAGGACAUUUCUGACCGAGACGCUUGUCAACCCUGCGAUUGCGAUCUAGGCGGGUCCUUGGAUGAUGGCAUAUGCGACUCGAGAACCGACCCUCUAAGCGGCGACGAGUCCGGACGCUGUCACUGCAAAGCGAACGUUGACGGGCGUCGUUGCGAUCGUUGCAAGAACGGCUUUUGGAACUUCGAUCCCGACCAUCCCGAGGGAUGUCAAGCCUGCACCUGUAACACGUUGGGUACCAUCGACAAUCAGGGUUGCAACGUGGUGACGGGCGAGUGCACGUGCAAACGGUAUGUCACAGCGCGCGACUGCAAUCAAUGCUUGCCGGAUUAUUGGGGACUUUCCGAGGACCGGGAUGGAUGCAAACCGUGCGAUUGCGAUCCCGGUGGAUCCUACGAGACUUCCUGCGACGUCAUCACCGGCCAGUGCAGAUGCAGGCCGCACGUCAGCGGGAGAACUUGCAAUCAGCCGGAACAGAGUUAUUACACCGGCUCGCUAGACUUUCUCAUUUACGAAGGAGAGCUGUCCAGAGCGACCGACAACUGUCAAGUGGUGAUCAGAGAGCCUUAUCGCGACGGCAGGAAUAGUACGUGGACUGGCACGGGUUUCAUGAAGGCUCUCGAGGGCUCGAUGUUGAACUUCACCAUCGACGACAUUCGCAGAUCGCUGUGGUACGACGUGAUUGUACGGUACGAGCCGGUGCACCCGGGAGUCUGGGAGGAUGUGCAGAUUAUUCUCGAGAGAGAUAGUCUACCGGACCCGAACGGACCGUGCGCUGACUGGAGGCCCGAAUACGAUCGCCUGUGGGUUCAGUUACCUCUGCGCUCGAGAAACGCCAUGGCGCAACCGGCUGUAUGUCUAGAGGCAGGCAAACGCUACAAUCUUCUGCUGCAAUUCCGCAAGUUCAACAGCCAUGUAGACACGCCUUUGGCCUCCAUCCUAGUCGACUCGAUUAUUCUGAAGCCGAGGAUAGACGUGAUACCCUUCUUCAAGACCCCGGGUCUGGGUGAGUUGCGUCGCCAAGAAUACGAACGUUAUCACUGUAAUGAAUUGUUUAACGAUGUCAACAUCGUCUGGAGCAACAUACCCGAGGUCUGCAAGAAGUAUCAGAACAGCAUCGGCUAUUACGUCUUCGAUGGUGCUCAUUCUUGCGAGUGUAACCCAACGGGUUCUCGCAGUCUUCUGUGCGAGAACUACGGCGGGAUGUGUCCGUGCAAGCCGAACGUGGUCGGCAGACGUUGCGAGCGUUGCGCGCCGGGAACCUACGGAUUCGGCCCGGAGGGAUGCAUCCCUUGCGACUGCGACGGCGUCGGCGCCCUCGACAAUUUCUGCGACGGCGAGACCGGCCGCUGCAAGUGCCGUCCCAACACCUACGGCAGGACCUGUGGCCAGUGCGAGCCCGGCUUCUGGAACUUCCCGCAUUGCCAGCGCUGCGAGUGCCACGGACACGCGGAUAGCUGCGACUCGAAGACCGGGGCCUGCAUCAAUUGCCGAGAUUUCGCCACCGGGCACAACUGCGAUCGUUGCGUCGACGAUUUCUACGGCGACCCGCGGAUUGGCGUGGAUAUACCUUGCAGAGCGUGUCCUUGUCCGGGCACACCCGAAUCCGGCCACUCCUACGCCAACAGCUGCUCAUUAGACUCAAUAACGCAGGACGUAGUGUGCGAGUGUUUCGAGGGAUACUCCGGGCCCCGUUGCGAGCAUUGCGCCGAGAAUUAUUUCGGUAAUCCGGAGGUGCCGGGCGGUAGCUGCCAAUUCUGCAACUGUAAUAACAAUACGGACUUGUAUCACGCCGGUAACUGCGACCCGCACACCGGUCAUUGCCUCCAAUGUUUAUUCAACACUGACGGCCCCAGUUGCGAGAUAUGCAAAGCGGGAUUCUAUGGGGACGCUCUGCGGCAAGACUGUCGAGACUGCGAAUGCAACGUCCUGGGCACCGACAAGACCGUGGGAUCGUGCAACCAUCGUACCGGACAGUGUCCGUGUCUACCACACGUAAUAGGACAGCUCUGCGACUCCUGCGAGGAGAAUCAUUGGAGGAUAGCCAGCGGGCAAGGCUGCGACCAUUGCGAGUGCGACCCGGUUGGGAGUGUUUCAGACAUAUGCAACCGCUACGACGGCACUUGCGAGUGCAGGUCAGGAUUCGGCGGUAGGCGGUGCAACGAGUGUCAGACAAACUACUGGGGUAACCCGAACGUGGAGUGUUACAAGUGCGAUUGCAACCAGAUCGGCUCUGCGAGCCAGCAAUGCGACAGGGAGACCGGGGUGUGCGUUUGCCACAAGGGCAUCGGCGGCGAGAAAUGUAACCAGUGCGACCGCGGCUAUCACGGCGUGGCUCCACAGUGCAGCCCGUGUGGCGAAUGUUUCGACAAUUGGGAUCUGAUACUGGACGGCCUCACGAACAAAACGAACGCGGUCAUUCAAGAAGCUUCGAGGAUACAGAAAGUCGGCACGACCGGCGUGUACAGCCAGGAGUUCGACGACAUGGAGGAAUCCCUGAAUGAAGUGCAGGACCUGAUUAGCAACACUACUAUCCGGAGCCAAGACCUAGACGCGUUGGACGAUUUGGCCAAUGAGUUGACGAAGAACAUCUCUAAAUCAACCACGAAGUUGGAGGAAGAGAACACUCGCUUGGAGAAUCUCAAUCAGCGAGUUAAUCUGGCCGACGUCGCGUCGAAGAAAUUGAGGAACAGGACUAACAGCCUGUACGAGGCCGCCACCGACUUGCGGGAGAAUGCCACGAGGUUACAGGAGGAGAACGUUCUGGGCGCUCUGAACGUGACUCAGCAGAUGGCCGAGCAGUCCAGGCAGGCCGAGAAAAUGGCGAACGACACCACGAAUGUCCUCGGCGAUGCGGAACGAUUCCGCAAGCACACCGAAAACCUACUGGCGAAGAACCGCGCGUCCGUGAAUGAGGCUCAAGAGAGGAGCAAGGAGUCGUUGACGAAGCUGAACGAGAAGCUGAAGACUUUCGGCAUGGCGAUACCUGAACUGAAUCUGCAGAUGUGCGGUGACAACGUGACGGAUUGUAGCACCGUUUGCGGUGGUGCCGGAUGCGGCUUCUGCGGAGGAUUGUCCUGCGACGUGGGCGCAGUCAGCAAGGCUAAUCAGGCUUUGGAUGUCGCCAAGCAGCAAGCUGAUAAGAUCAAGAGUCACAAGGAUGAGGCCGAGCAACUGUUACGCAAUAUGAGCCAAAUAAUGCAAGACGCGACAGCGGCAAGAUCGAACGCUCAAGACGCCUUCAACUACGCGUUGGAGGCACGCAACCGCUCCGAUAAGAUCAUCAAGGACCUCUCAGAUAUAACCGAGCGAAUCUGGAGCACUCUGAACGAGGACCAAUCUACACCGGCCAUGGUGAGAGACCUCGCGUACGAGGUGCUCGAGAAGAACAUCCAUCUGGAGCCGGAUGAAAUCACGCGGUUAGCCGAUCGCAUCAAGAGCAUCGUGGGCUCUCUCACUGACUCGGAAAAGAUUCUCGCCGACACCAAGGAUGAUCUGCAGCUGGCGCACGAUCUCGAGGAACGCGCCAACCGCACCAAAGAGAUGGCCAUCGAGAAGCAAACCUUGGUGAAAGAAGUGAUCCUGUUGCUGAACGAUACGCAGAAGGCGCAACGCCAGGCGCAGGAUACGAUCAACCAAGCGGAAGCGGACGUGUCCAAGUCGCAGAAGGAUCUCGCGGACAUUGCCGAUGUGACAAAGGCCGCUCAAAUCCAGGCUAACAGCACCACGCAAACGGUGGAGGCACUGGAUGCCCGUUUGAAGCAGCUUCAAACGCAAUCGGCGAAGAACGGUUUUGUUCUGACGGAGAUCGGCACGGAGUCGAAGAAGGUCGCCGACGAGGCGCAGGUGAUCGACGCCAAGACGAAGAAACUGUCGGAGGAGUACAAGAGGGCGGACGAGUCACUGAAUCAGCGGGUGAAUAAGAGCAAGGGCGAUAUCCAGCGGGCGAAGAGACUCCUGCAGCGCGCCUCUGAACUGACGGCGGACACGUCGACCAAGUCCAAAGAUCUGGACGGUAUGGAGAGCGUUUAUAAGGACAACGAACGGCUGCUGACGGACCUGAUGGGCGACGUGGACGCGCUGACGGUGGAGAUGGAGAGACACUUGGCGGACAUCGAGAAGAAGUCGCAGGUGUACAGACAAUGUUCCGCUUAAAAUUGAUCGCAACCAGGGAGUCACUCAUCUUCCGAUCGCGAAUUUCUGCAAAGAUACAUAUCGAUAACCAGUGGAUCUAUUCUUCGUUAUCACAUUUGACACAGAUAACUGUCCGCGCGGUAGAAUCACUUGCUCCAUAGACGAGAUUCUUUUUCAGUGUACAUCUCAUUACCGCAUUUACCGCGAGAGAUAUGUUAGAUUUUAUUAGUAAGGUCGGUGCUUUAUACUUGUGCAAUAGUCGUGAGUUUUACCUUGAUUCGUAGAGAACGGAUAUGCGUAUUUUCAUAUUGCAUAUAUACAGUACCGGGCAAAAUUAUAUCACCUUUCGAUUUUUUGGGGGGGGGCAUGAUUUGUAGUGCGUGAAUGAAAAAUUCGAA